UCAGUGAGGCAGCAGCGGCAGUAGCGUUAGCGGCAGGCGGCAGCGGCAGCAGCUGGGAAUGUGACGGUUUCAGCACAGACCGCUAUUUUCAGGACACAGGAGGAGGAGGAGGAGGUGGAGGCUCUGCCCACGUCUCUGCUUUCGCCCACACGCGGGUUUAACUUGAGCUCCACACGGGGAACCUACGUCUUCAGUCCGGCAGAGCUUUCCAGUGUCCUGGGAGCGAAACCAAUGGUAAACUGUCAGCCCGUGGUGGCUCACUCACUGCUGGGCUGAAGGCUGCAGGGAAGCCGCCGCCGGAGCUCCGUGUUUGUCCGCCAACACCUCACCUCCUGCUGGUACUCCUGGCUACUGCUUGUCUGGUACAAGGAAACAAAAAAACAGCAAUGCAGUGAAGUGUCACCCGUUAAAUCAGAAUAACCUUUAUGUUUCCCGUGUCAUCGCUAUCAGACGACAACUCACCCCGACGACGAUGGACUGAAAUCUGCGGCGAACGACGAAACAACCUGCCGCGAUUUCCUGCGUGUGACUGAAUAAAUAAAUGAUAGAAGAUACAAUGACCCUGCUGUCUCUUUUGGGUCGCAUCAUGCGUUAUUUUCUGCUCAGACCGGAGACCCUGUUCCUGCUGUGCAUCAGCCUGGCUCUGUGGAGUUACUUCUUCCACACGGACGAGGUGAAGACCAUCGUCAAGUCCAGUCGGGACGCGGUCAAGAUGGUGAAGGGGAAAGUGGCGGAGAUGAUGCAGAAUGAGCGGUUCGGCGGGCUGGACGUCCUGGACGCGGAGUUCUCCAAGACCUGGGAGCUCAAGAACCACAACGUGGCCGUGUACUCCAUCCAAGGCCGGCGAGACCACAUGGAGGACAGGUUCGAGGUUCUCACCGACCUCGUCAACAAGAGUCACCCCUCUAUAUUUGCUGUGUUUGACGGCCACGGAGGAGAGGCUGCCGCUGACUUUGCCAAGGCCCACCUGCCCGAGGCUCUCCGCCAACAGCUGCUGACCUAUGAACGGGAGAAGGAACGAGACCGAGACAAAGACAAGGAGAAGGAUGAAAAAAAGGACAGGGGUGGCCUCUCUGUUCCCUCCAUCCUCGAGCAGCAGAUUCUGACACUGGACAGAGAGAUGCUAGACAAGCUGUCUACCACUUCCAAUGAAGCAGGUACCACAUGUCUGGUCGCCCUGCUGUCUGAUAAGGAGCUGACGGUGGCCAACGUCGGAGACUCCCGCGGAGUCCUUUGCGACAAAGACGGCAACGCCAUCCCUCUGUCGCAUGACCACAAACCGUACCAGCUCAAAGAGCGCAAGAGGAUCAAGAAAGCCGGUGGUUUCAUCAGCUUCAGUGGAUCGUGGCGCGUUCAGGGCAUUCUGGCCAUGUCCCGGUCUCUGGGCGACUACCCUCUGAAGAACCUCAACGUGGUCAUCGCCGACCCAGACAUCAUGUCCUUCGACCUGAACAAGCUGCAGCCGGAGUUCAUGAUCCUGGCGUCCGACGGCCUGUGGGACACGUUCAGCAACGAGGAGGCGGUCCGCUUCAUCAGGGAGCGACUGAACGAGCCUCUCUUUGGUGCCAAGAGCAUCGUCCUCCAGUCCUUCUACCGUGGCUGUCCUGACAAUAUCACGGUCAUGGUGGUGAAGUUUAAAAGCAAAGCCAGCGAGCAGUAGACCAGUCCGUCUACCAAACACGGUAUCAGCAGUAUGUUAUGUUUGAAUAAGCUUAAGAUAGGGAAAAAAAAGAAAGAAGAAACACCCCAUACAUUUUUUUUGAGCAAGAACUAUUUCUAUCACAGAUUAUUAUGACAGAAGUCGACCCUUCAACGCAUCGACCGCCGCCGCCACACUCAUUGACUUUCACUGCUGUCAAAGUGACACAUGAGAAAAUAAGUCCUUCGUUUUUGAGAUACAGUAAUGAUGAAGAUGAGUCACUGUUAUGCAAAUUUACAGAUUUGGCUUUGUCCUCUGUGUGCGUGUGUGUGUGUGUGUGUCUCAGUUCAUUGGCUAACCAAUAACAACAGAUAUGACUUUCACACGACCGCAUGGAGUUCUCGUUUCAUUUUUUAGACGUGAAGCCCGUGUCCAUUCAUGUUCUCAGUUUUCUUACCCCCCGUUUCUACGUCGUCUAAGUGUUUUAACGUCGGAUGAUGUCGCUGGUGCACAUCAGUGCAUAUAAAUCACAGAUUACGUCCCUUAAUUCAUGAACGACACAAAUGCCCAUCCACGUCGUACAGAAAUAGACACGGCGGCAGAGUUGCAUUACACUUGCUGAACUUGUUGACAUGAGAAUGAGUGAAUGAGUGUUUUGUCUUGAGUUGCCCUUGAGUUUAGUUUAAUGGCCACUUAUAACGAUCGCUGUUUGUAUUCUGUGUCCGUUUUAACUGUUGACAACUUUUAAGGCGAUAAUGUAGGAACCGUCAGAUAAUAUUGUAGUUUGUCAAAAUGUAAUAUUACAUUUUGACAAGGGUUACACAGUCUUUUAAAGCUGCCCAUUUCCACAUUACACAAGUCUUUUAACUGCUAAUAAAAGUUAUGUGACACUUUAAAAACAUUGAUUUUAUUCAUCAUACAGGUUAUCACAAAUAAUAUCAAGAAAAAGUCCUUAUUAUUAUUUGUGGAUUUAGCUUUUACGGUCCUUUUAAAAACUACAUAUUGACAUGCUAUUGUGUUUACCGACUUUUCCUACAUUAUUAUUACUGACAACAAUCCACAUGAGAUAUAAAAGAACUCAAGACUUGCUGUUGUGAGUUUGUAUUAUUGUCAAAUUACUAGUCACGAGAAAAGUCCUUCAUCCCCGAUCAUUACUGCUCGAUAUGUGUCUCCCUGAACUGUGAUUGAAAAUGUAACAAGCCUUUGAAUGAAAAUGUGUCAUUGUUGCCUUAUUUUUGGGUUGUUUUUUUGUUUAAUUGUUGAUUUUCUGUCAUGGAGUCUGCUGCCAAAACUACUUGUCAGUUUUUGAUAUAAUGCGGUCGAUCGUACGUUGCACACUGCACGACCUCGGUGUCACAUGUCGUUACAGCGCUUGUAGAGUAGCAUCGAUGAAGGAACGUCUCCACGAGACUCGACGUUGUAACAUAAUUGUACAUAUAAUGUCCUCAUGUUACUAUCAGCCCCACUACUGUUUAUACAGCAACGCCGCGCCUGCUCCUGGAUUGUUUAACUUCAGAGAUGUAUAUCGCAAAAUAAAAUAAAAUGGUUUGUGGUA